AUGUCAACAUUUUCUCGUCAAGAGCAACUUCCAAGUCUCCCAGUUCCACCAUUGCGUCAAAGUUUGGAGAGUUACGUCAAAUCGGCCAGCGCACUUUUGAGUCCAGAAGAAGUUGUCAAACUUCGUGAAGAUGUUUUAAAAUUCGAGAAUUCCAGCCUCGCUGAUAUUUUGCAAAAGGCUCUCGAGAAUCGAGCAAAAUCGCAUCGCAAUUGGGUGAGUACUUUUCUUAUCAGAAUGACUUCCUUGGUCUAAAAACAAUUUGUUUUGGUGAUAAGGAAAAGGUCAACAUUCACUCACAUUUUUGAAUAUUUUCAGCUCGAAGAUUGGUGGUACAAUGUUUAUACCGAAGAUCGUCACGCGCUUAUUCCAUUUGUCAGUUUUGGCGCAUUGAAUACUUCUUAUACACCAAUUGAUGGUGGACAAAUUUCAAGAGCUGCUGAUGUUUUGCAUCAUUGGAUAGCUGUUUGGGAUAGGAUUAGAAAGUAG